AUGACUUCAGUUUCUCAGUCUUCCCAAAUCCCAAGCCAGGCCUCCAACUCCGCUAGCGCGUCCCAGUCGACUCCAUCUUACGCCUCGACCGCGAAGAAGGCGAAGGCAGUCUCGUCGCCUCCCAUCGCGACGGGCUCCUCGACUCCAUCCCCCGCCGUGGCUGUCGGAGGUUCUGCGCCGGUACAGCAGCAACAUGGAAAAUCCGCGUCCAUCUCGCCGGUAAACGGUCGGACGGCGAUUCCUCCUGCUGUACCGGCGGUUUCGGCACCUGCUAUCGCCCAUAGCAGCUCUGCAAUCAAUGGCGGUGCGGCCGACCAUUCGCGGAAGAGCUCGGUGACCAUCGGCGGAUAUGUCCCCAAUGGAGGUCCUGUUGGCGGAUCAAAGGCUGGCAUCCAGUUUGGCUCGAUCAACGCUGGUGCUUCUCCUGCCGCGACCCACAGCACCCCACAGACACAAGCUGCUGCUUCGGCGCCCAUCCCGAUCCCAAGCAACCCCAGAGUGACAUCUCCGGCACAACCGCCGUCCCCGAUCCCCCAGCCAUCAGCCAGUGGUGGUCGACCACCUUCUGGCUUGGCAGUUCAAGGCAACGGCGUGACAUUUGGUAGUCUCGGUGGCGAUGGCGAUCGUCACAUGAGACAAGCAUCUGGAAACCAAGCCCCUCUUGCUCCCGGAAACCAACAAGCUGGACAUGCACGCCGAGAAUCCCAGUCUAAUCAUGGUGACAUCAACCAAGGACCUGGUGCGACUCAGGGCCGCGGUGGUUUCCCUCCUCAGGGCGGCCGAGGAGGUCGAGGCAACUUCAACCCAGGGUAUUCGCAACAAAUGGGCUAUCCUCCGGGAAAUGCGCAAUACAGAAAUACCCAAAGCCAGGGUCGCGGUGCCAUGGCCCCGCCCUUCCAAGGACAGGGCAGACCUAUGCCAAACUUCCCCAACUCCCCACACCAAGCGGCCCGUAGUCCAGCUCUCACCCCCUCAAUGCCUGGCACGCCAAACAUGAACAACGCAAUGCCCAUGGCAAACCCACAGCAGUAUGGAGGAUAUGGACAAUUCCAGCACAUGCAAGCACAACAAGUACCCCUCCCUUCCACUUCACGUCACCCUUCAGUUUCUUCAAAGUCCAAUAAACAGAAAGGCAAGAUCAGGCAGAACGAGAAGUACUCUAAUAACCGCCACGCGCCACCUAAAGGUCCUGCAAGGGAACUGUUUGGCCAUCAAAUUAUGCCGCAUGAGCAAGUUUCAACAGAGAGUGAAAGUUAUGGCCAGCCCGAGAUGCGGAAUUUCUCGGUUCCCUUGAAGCCCACAGGUUCGGGUCAUUUCAUGCCUCUCGAGCAAGUCAUGGCGCCACCACCUCGAGGCUUCAUGGAGAACCGACGUCCUUCUGCUGAUCAAUCUGCUCUCCAUUCUCUUCCCCCUCUUCCCCCCCUUCCUGCUCCUCUCGCUGGCAUGCCGCAGUUUGACUUGAAAAAGAUGGAUCUUUCGCCUGCAAGUAACGAUUUUGACACAUUUCUAACUUACAAACAGGGCUACGGAUACCCCCCUCCCCAAGCAUAUGACCCCCGAGGCAUGCCCAUGCAGAGCGGCCCUAUGUUCUACCCCCAGAUGUCGUACAUGACCGGUCCCCCGCAGUCCCCGCAACCUGGUUAUCAACAGCCAAACUACAUCCCUGGUCAAUAUGCGCCCCAGCCCCAGCCGAUGUCUCGAAACUCCUCGCAGAUGUCAGAUCAGAGACCAGCCUCCAGUAUGGGAGUGCAACCCCAGACCCCCUCAAUGGCCGCCUCCGUUUCCCACCCACACACGCCACAACCAAAGGUUCCCUCCGCACAAGCUGCGACUUUCCCACGGCCUGUCCGAAAGAGCGCCGCAAUUCUUAUCAAGAGACCAGAUGGCGAACCACUGGAUGUUGAGGCUUUGAAAGCCCCCGCAUCUCCUGCUCCUAGCAACCGAACAAGAACACCUCCUGUUAUUGCUUCGACCCCGACACCUCCACCCAAGUCAUCCACUCCUCAACAUGCUCGCACAGACAGUGCUGCGACCAAGACCCAGGACCAGAUUCGGGCUGAGAUGAUGGAGAAGGUUAGGAAGGCCGCCGAUGCUGAGAAGUCUGCCGAAACCCAGGCGAAGGCAGACGAGGAUGCUAAGGCCACCGAGGAGAAGCGGAAGGAGGGAGAAAAGGCAAAGGCAGAAGCGGAUGCCAAGGCUGCUGAAGAAGCUAAAGCAAAGGAAGAGGCUGAUGCUAAGGUCGCCGCCGAGAAGGCCAAGCAGGACGAGGAAGACGAGCUGGAGCGACAGAUUCAAGAGAUGGAGGCAGCGGAAGCCGAACGAGAGAAGAAGGAGGCAGAGAUCCUUGCAAAGCGAAAUGCCGAGAAAGCUAUUGCUGAUAAGGCUAAUGAAGCCAAGCGGAAGCAGGAGGCUGAGGAUAAUGACCGCAAGCUUAAGGAGGCCGAGCGCGAGAUGGAACGCCUCGAAGACGAGCGUGAGAAGAAACGGGCUGAAGCCGAGGCAAAAGCUCAGGGCACUGAUGAGAAGGUUGAUGUCAAGCAGACCCCCAAGGAGGAUGAGAAGAUCGCCCCUACUACCCCAAGCACACUCGCCUCGAAGCUGUCAAACCUUACUCUUGGCACUGAUAGCGGAGCAUCUACCCCAGCUUCUGAUGAUUCUAUGGGCCCUCCACCUCCUAAGACCAGUGCAACUGAAAAGCGUGGGAAACCAGCCGCUCUCAACCUAGCACCUCUGAACACCAAGCCAGUGGAACCACCGCAGCCCAGUGCCGCUCUCCAAUCGCUCAAAUCGGCACGCUUCCUCACUGCCAUCAACCCCUCGCUCUAUCCUACCAACAUUAGCUCGCCCAACCCGGCUCUCAACUCUGCUGUCGCUGCCAAGGGCAAGAGCUUCAAGUAUGACAAGGAAUUCUUACUCCAAUUCCAGAAGGUCUUCAUUGAAAAGCCAUCCAUGGAGUUUGAGUCACAGAUCAAGGCGCUCAUCGGUGAUGGUGAUGGAGGCUCAGCAAGAUCAGCUUCGACCAGAACUGGAGGAAUGGGCCCCAGAUCAAGCUCAACCCGGAGCAACGCGCCUGGAGCUUUCGCUAUGGGCCAGUUUGGUGCUAAAACUCUACCUCCUGGUACAACCUCCGCGGAGCGUUUUGCCAUGGCUAGUGGAACGAUGCCUCGACCUGCCGCCACUCCUAUGGCAGCAUUCAAUCGACCUGGUGGUGCUUUCCCUGGUGGCAGCACAAUGCAGCGUACUCCUUCUAGUUCUACAAUGUAUAACAUGCCCAACUCUCCUCGUCAACAGAGCAGAUCUCAACGAGGUGGCAGCAAACGCGAGAGUCACCAGGGCAAUGCCAAGAUGGAAGCCCAGGCGGCGAAGACCAUGCCCCUCACAGCCGGCAUGGAUCUCAAGCCUAUCCAAGUCUCUGCAACUGGAUGGAAGCCUCGUAGCAUUGGUACUCAAGCUGCGACUGGUGUUGCCGGCCCUACCCCUGGUGCUUCAGGUGGUGCUGGACAUAUGGAUCCUGAAAUGGUGCAGCGGAAGGUUAAGGCGGCUCUCAACAAGAUGACACCUGAGAAGUUCGACAAGAUUGCUGAUCAAAUUCUUGCGAUCGCUGCGCAGUCAAAGGAUGAAUCUGAUGGUCGCACACUUCGACAGGUUAUCCAGCUCACAUUUGAGAAGGCUACAGAUGAGGCUCACUGGGCUUCCAUGUACGCCAAAUUCUGCAAGCGGAUGUUGGAGACUAUGAGCCCAGACAUCAAGGAUGAGAGUAUUCUAGACAAGAAUGGCAACAUCGUCUCUGGAGGCAAUCUCUUCAGAAAAUACCUGCUCAACAGAUGUCAAGAAGAGUUCGAGCGCGGCUGGAAGCUUGACCUACCAGACAAGCCCGAGGGUGAACGGGGCGAGGAGAAGUCGGCAGAAGCUGCCAUGUUGUCCGACGAGUACUAUAUCGCAGCUGCUGCCAAGCGACGUGGUCUUGGUCUUGUCCAAUUCAUCGGCGAACUUUACAAGCUUAGCAUGCUUACAGAACGUAUCAUGCAUCAAUGCGUGAAGAAGCUGGUGGACUACACCGGAAUUCCUGAUGAGGCGGAAAUCGAGUCAUUGACGAAGCUUCUCAAGACAAUUGGUGCCAACUUGGACAGCACCGAGAAAGGCAAGCCAAUGAUGGAUGUCUAUUUCCAGCGAAUCCAGGCAAUGACCGACACGCCUGACUUGCCAAGUCGACUGAGAUUCAUGUUGAUGGAUAUCGUUGAUUUGCGCAAGAAGCGCUGGGUAUCCAAGGAGACCAACAAGGGUCCGAAGACACUCGAAGAAGUCCGAGCAGAGGCUGAAGCUGCAGCUGCCCAGAAGGCCGCUGAGAACGCCAGAGGCAACCAACGCGGUGGCGGAGGUGGUGGCGGGCGUAUGCAGAUGGGCCGUGGUGAUGGUCGAAAUUUCUCAGGUGGAUAUGGCAACCAACCACCUGUUGAUUACCAGAAGAACACUGUUGGCAUGGAUGACCUCCGUCGUUUAACCAACAAAGGUGGCGCGAACAGACAUUCCACUCAAAAUAUGUCAUUUGGCCCAACCUCCAUGUUCUCAUCUAGAAGCAACAGUGGGCGAAAGAUGGGUCCUGGUGGUUCGUUAAGCAGACCAGGUGAAGACUCAGGAGCUUCAUCAAGAACUGGCACACCCCCUCAACAAAAGGAAAAGGAGUCAGCUGCGUCAGCAAAUGCAUUUAGUCUGCUCGCAGGAUUAGGAUCGGGCGAGCCCGAGAACCCAGCCUCCCCUCCUUCAACAUCUGUCUCUCCCGCAAUGUCGAAGGCAACCCCCGCCGCUGCGGAGAAAUCUGAAGAUAAAAAGGAGAACGACUCAUGA